AUGAAGCCUACAGCUGACGCGGGACGAUCAUUUCCAGCCGUUCUGUUGCACCUCUCGAAAAUUGUGCUUUACUACUCGUUUUGUGUGAUUCGAUACAUCGUGACUACCUUGUGGCGCGUGUUGAGCCAGCGAGGCGAAGCACAACAGGUUGUGGUGCCUCGCGAGAGACUUGAGGAACAGUUCUUCGCCUACUAUACCCGAGGCUAUUCCUAUUUGAAAGAAGCGAUUGAAGCCGACGAAGCCGAUUCCGAUGGAGGAGGUGCUCACGAGGAAUUCCGAGAACGAGCCAUCUACUUCUAUACUCAGGGUAUCCGAGAUUUCCGCAAGGGACUCAUGGCCGGCGACGUGUUGGCGAAAAUCGCCGAGUCCGGCGAGGAAGUCACGACCACCCAUCAGAAAAUGUCCAAGUUCGUAGUGCUGGCCGAGGAACGGCUGAGUUUCCUCGAGACAGAUGAUAACUCUCAACAAACGAACAGCUUCAUUGGGCCGAUCUCCGAAGGUUCCCACGUGAGCUCCCGACGCAACUGGGAGAAACCCAAUCAGCUCAUGCGGAUGUCGUCAGAUCCCCAUUCCGGACCGAGUUGGCUGCAGAAGAAUGAGGCGAACGAAAGAGAACCUUGGAGACCCCCGGGAAAAGUUCCUUCCAACAACAAGUGCAUUGUUGGAGGCACACUAGUCCGUAAAAACAGUGUGCCAAGGGAGCGUUCACUGGGCCGAAGCGCCGAAGCCACCGGUCGAACGAAAAUCGACACCGGCUCUCUGCCGAGACGCUUCGUGUCAGCUCCGAAAAGAACCCCCUCGACUGCAUCGCUCGGUCUCAAAAACCAAGUCAGCUCUUCAAGGAGUCUGCCUGGAACGCCGAGCCGACUCAGUCUGCAUGGAUCGAUCAAAGGCAUCGAACCCAAACUCGUCUCGAUCAUUGCUUCGGAAAUCAUCGACAAUGGACCGAAAAUCCGCUUCGAUGAUAUUGCCGGCCAAGAAUUGGCAAAGCAAGCUCUCAGAGAAAUGGUUAUUCUUCCGACGCAGCGUCCAGAUCUUUUCACCGGCUUACGGAAGCCCCCAAGGGGUCUGCUGCUCUUCGGACCGCCAGGAAACGGAAAAACGAUGCUUGCUAAGGCCGUCGCUCACGAAAGCUCGUCAACUUUUCUCAAUAUAUCCGCAGCUACGCUCACGUCGAAGUAUGUCGGCGAAGGAGAGAAACUAGUUCGUGCAUUAUUCGCAAUCGCUCGUGAGUUGGAGCCAUGUAUCGUGUUCAUAGACGAGGUAGACUCGCUGCUCUCUUCGCGCAAGGAGAGCGAGCACGAGGCUUCACGAAGACUGAAAACAGAGUUCCUCUGUGAGUUCGACGGACUGCACGGGUCCGGAGAUGAACGGGUGCUCGUGAUGGGCGCCACCAAUCGACCCUUUGAGUUGGACGAUGCGGCCCUCCGUCGCUUUUCGCGUCGCGUUUACGUGGGUUUGCCUGAUGCGACUACUCGGGAAACGCUCCUGCGUCAACUCCUGAGAAGUCCUCAGGUAUCUUCGUACCUUUCCGACGAAGAUCUCCAUAUUCUCGCGCAGUGGACUGAAGGAUAUUCAGGAAGCGACCUCACAAACCUCGCGAAAGACGCCGCGCUCGCUCCUCUGCGAGAUUUCGAGCCUGAACAGCUUCGAAGUCUCGAUCUUCACCACGUCCGCGAAAUCUCUCUCGUAGACUUCCGUCAGAGUUUGAGCAAAAUCCGAAAAUCUCUCGAUGAACGAAGUUUGGUCACUUUCGAGAAGUGGAAUCACGAGUACGGAGAUGUGACAAUCUGAUCAGAAUCCUGCGUGCGGCGAUCUCAGAGUAUAGAGCCGUUGGCCUACGCACACACCGAACUAUUCAGAAGAGUGUUCUCGAAAAUUGCGGAGCACAAAUAUCCCCGGACGACACGACCCCCUGUGAUCCCUAGAGAGUCUUUCCGAAAGGUCCAGUCUGUGAAACCUUCUGAAAAGCCAACAGACCGAGGAAAAAUUUUCGAAAUCCAAGCUCCCACAACAAUCAAGCAAUCACAUCAAAUACCGCUGUGAACAAAUCAGAUAUGAAGUGGAGGAAAACGUUGGUGACUAAUUCAGAGCGAA